UUUCCAUGCACAAAAGAUCUUUUAAUGAAUUACUGCAAUCUUUAUAUUUUUAAAAAACUGGAGGGAUUACCUUUUAACUCAAUUAAACUCCUCUUUAUUUUCCUCUUAUUUUUAGGUGAUGCUUACAUGGUAGCGAGUGGUAUUCCACAAGAGAUUGGUGUUCGUCAUUUAAUGCAUUUAAGCGAUUUUCUAAAAAAUUAUGAAAUUCCGCAUAUGAAACCACAAAAAAUUCGAAUAAGAAUUGGUGUCCAUACAGGAACUGUUGCUGCUGGAGUUGUUGGUUUAACUACUCCUCGUUAUUGUCUUUUUGGUGAUACGGUGAAUAUGGCCUCUCGUAUGGAAUCAAAUGGACUACCAGAACGUAUCCAAAUAAGUGAAGCAUUUAAAGAAGCAUUACAAAAGCACUAUCCAGAAUUCCGUGUAAAACCUCGAGGAAAAGUGGAAUUGAAGGCAAGUUUUGAAAUUUUUGGGGACUAA